AUGGACUUUCGACAUAGUUUCCGGGGUAAUUCUACUGGACAAAAAACGUCCAUGUUCAAGGCGCUCAGACGUUUGCAUGGCCAAAACCUGGAGAGUCGAGGUUUAAAUGACAUGAGCGAAGCUUUUCAGAGCUUUGUUACUCGUGCUCGUUUUUUCAGCGUUGGAAAACUGAGACGAACUUGGUCUCAUUCUGCAGUCGAAUUUAUGAAAUAUCGGAGGUUAUUACCUAUGAUAUUGGCUGAUGGGCAAGAGUUCGAGAAUAUGGAAACGGAUGAUUUUGAUGCAGCUCUGGCUUUCCAAGCUAAUUCUGUAGAUGAUCGUAAGGUGACGGUAACGAAUAUCCCAUCGAAAGUUACACAGUCACAGUUACAAAGUUUUUUUUCACAAUUCGGCAAAGUUUCUCAUUGUUCAUUGCCAAGCGAGAAACGAUCUCUCUUUGGCGCUCUGUCGAAAACAACUAAAAACUGUGGAACUGCGGUUAUCACAUUCAAACGUAAGGAAGAAGCUGAGAAAACAUUAACUGCUACAGAGGAUCAAUUGAAGUUUUAUGACAGUGUUAUGACUGUUUCUAAGUUUGUAUCAAAACGUAAAGGAUGUAAAGGAAUAGUUCUUGCUGACGACACUAGAGAAGAAAGUGUUGACAGUUUGUCUCGCGCUUCUUCUAGUCAAUCCCUGAGUUCGACUUCAAAGUCCAUUCAUGCUGAUUUAAUAAGCUUGGGUGAUUUUAAUUCAAAUAUUCUCGAGUAUAUUUUCUGCUUCCUACCCAUCUACGAUACUGUUAAGCUUGAACGGGUCAACAAAAAGUUUAUGGAAGCAUCAGUCAAGUCUUGGUCCCACAUAAGAAAACUCAGUUUUGGUAAAGAAUACGCUUUCGGUAAGCAUAAUCCACUUCGAACAAGUCAUUUGAGGGCUAUAUUGCGCCGAGCAGGGCCUCAUUUGAAGAGUUUCGAUUUAUCAGGAACAGUUCACCUGUUGGAUGAUAAAGCACUUGCUGUAAUAGCACAGUGUUGUCCCGAGUUGGAAGAAAUUGAUCUCUCUGGUGUUCAAGCAAACUGGGAAGCUUUCGGUGAACUGUCGGAAAGCUUAGUUAAUUUGAAAAAAUUAUCCUAUAGGGAUAUGCCUACAGUCAGUGAUAAGUCGGUCUGGUACCUCAUGCGCAAUUGCACCAAAAGUUUGAGUUUCCUUGAUUUGAGAGGUUGCAGUAAAUUACAUGGAAGGUUCACGAAGUUGUUAACCGGAGAGCUAGAGAUGCUAUAUCUGGAUAGUUGUUUGGGAAUCGAUUCCAUGGCUUUCGAGGAUUUAUGCACGACCUCAACUAGUUUAAAAGAAUUACGUAUCAAUGAAUGUUAUAAUAUCACUGACGAAGUGCUCAGCAUUAUCUCAAGAAGAAUGGAAGACUUACAAGUAUUAACAUUAUGCGGAGAUAAGUUCUCUCAUCUAUCUUCCGCUGGAUUAUCUCACAUUACUCGAUUAACAAAUUUAACGGAACUGGCCUUGGACUAUAAUCCAUUGGUUGAUGACGCUUUUCUCGUUUCCUUAUCUCAGCAAGCCGUGAAUAUGAAAACUAUUAGUUUGGCCAAUGCUGGUACUGAUCAGUCUAUUACGGAUAGGGGGCUCAAUGCCCUUGCAAAGUUAGGCAAUUUAGAACAGAUAGACAUUUCUUCUAUUGGCUCUGUGAGAUCUGGAACUCUUUUAGAAAUCGCAUAUGCGUGUAAACUUCAAAUCCUUCAAGUAAGGAACUGUACUUACCUAAGUGACGAAGGGGUGAAAGGACUUGCCCGUUGUAAAUAUCUCAAACAUCUUGAUUUGAGUGGCUCUUUAUUGAUAACAAGCGAUUCUAUUCAGACGCUGAUUAAAAGUUUUCCUAAUGAUGUUCCUGGUAAUGUGACUGUUGUGGUCGGAGGAACGGCUGUUGAUUCCGACAAACUGUCCAUAAGAGGAAGCAGAGUUAUAGUCGAUUUUAGUGAUUAUUCUUCGAUUAUGAAUUUGCCCUCUAGUCAGUCAUCACAGUUCAAGAGACGAAAAUCUGUUGAUAAUGACUCGGACGACGAGUUCGAAGCCUACACAGCCCAACGAUCCUUCUACAUUGACGGCAUUUGCGGAGAUGAUUCUCCGAUGGAAAAUGAGAAAGAAUUACAAGAAUGGGCGGAGAAGGAAGCUCGAGAAUUAGGACUCAUCGGUAAAUAG